AUGCUCCUGCUCCUUCUGUUGAUCUUUGCACUGUCCCCGAGAGCAGAGACAGGGGAUAUCAUUGGGGGACAUGAAGCCAAACCGCACUCCCGACCCUACAUGGCAUACCUGAAGAUCCACGAUCAGAAGUCUGAAAUAUUCCGAUGUGGUGGGUUCCUGAUCCAAGAGGACGUAGUGAUGACGGCCGCUCACUGUAAUGGCAGAAAAAUCGAGGUGCUCCUGGGUACCAACAACAUUGGCAAAAUAAGGAACUGUCUCAGGAAGAAGAUCUCUGUGAUAGAAGCCUUCCCUCAUGAGGGCUAUAAUAUAUAUACUAACGCCAAUGAUAUCAUGCUGCUGAAGCUGGAAAAAAAGGUUAGGUUGACCAACAAAAUCAAUCUCCUGAGCCUGCCAGAUCCACAAACCCGCCUGGGGCCAGGACAGUGGUGCAGUGUGGCUGGCUGGGGACAAACCACCUCCAAGGGAAAGGCUUCUAAAAAACUGAUGGAGGUGGAGCUGAAAGUACAAAAUGAAGAGAGGUGCAAAAGAAUCUACAAAAAUUACAACCCGACCACUCAGCUGUGUGCAGGAGAUGAGAACGAAAAAGAUGCCAUGAAGGGAGACUCCGGAGGUCCUCUCGUGUGUGACAAUGUAGCUCAGGGCAUCGUGUCCUAUGGAGACAAAAACGGAAAUCCUCCAGGCAUCUACACCAGAAUCUCCUUUUUCCUGCCCUGGAUAAAGAAAACGCUGAGAAGAAUGUAA